AUGAACAACAGACGGCUGCUCCAGAAGCGGAUCAGUAUUGCGGUCCUUUCGCUCCUUCUGCUUAGUACCCUGGCAGUGAUCUUCCUGUCAUCACCCGACACGGAUGCGGAACAACCCCAGGUUGCGGCAGGGGUGCCCCUGUAUCCUUCUUGUGAGAGCAUGUUGAACCUCAUUCUGGAAAAGAGGAUUCAAUUGGUUGCCAUUGAUUUUGACAAAACCCUCAUUGACAUUCACACAGGUGGGUUGUGGAGGCACGCAGCAUCCGACCUCGUUCCUCAUGUGAGGCCAGAGUUGCAAUGCCUCCUAUACGAGUGUGUCAAGCGCGGUAUCCCCCUUGCCGUUACUACGUUUUCUUCGCAGAAAACGCUGAUCCAGUUGGUGACAGACACAUCGCUUCGUCAGUUUGCUCACAGUCGUAAUGCCAUGCACCAGCCGUCCAACAUCCCCGUGUUUGGUGGGGGCAUUUUUUUGGAUGGGUUGGAUGAGGGGAAGCAAAGCCAACUGGCAGCGGCAAUGGAACACUUUAGUGAACAUCGUCUUGGCGAUGGAACCAUUGCUGCUUCAGGCGUUGUUCUGAUAGAUGACGACGAGGACAACAUCAGGGUUGCCAAAGAAGAUGGAUUCCAGGUUAUUCUCUUUCAACCUAUCUCUGACGCUGAGCCCAGGCAGAAGGACAAUGGCGGAGAGCUAUGA